GUCAAUGGCUUGGCUUUGAAUCGGCAUCAAUGAUGGAGAAGGGCAGGGAUACCAAAAUCAGGAAUUUUGAAUGCGCGGCCGGUUCAUGUCUUUGCUCUGGUCCACACCUCCAACAGCUCACCUCCUCCUUUUUUAACCUCUCUCUUUCCCCCGACCCGACUUUCAGAAUCAGAGUGCAGAUGAAGAAGUUUUAAAGCCUCAUCCUCAUCUUCUUCCUCCUCGCAGACCCCCACAGCCACAGUCUCUCUUCCUCCUCCCUUCCCAGCCCUAAUUGGAGUCUAAAAUCAAGCUUUUUUUUGCGAUGGAAAAUGGCUCCAAUCCGAGGGGGAGAGAACUCUCAUCUCCCCACGCUUCCUCCCCGAAUUCGAGUACGAGCAGCAGCAGCAGCAAUGGAGCUUCUCUGCCUCCAAAGGCGGCGCCUUUAUCAGUCGCGCCGGCGACCCCCAAGUCAACCCCGAGACUACCCAUCGACUCGAACCCAUACCCGACUACUUUCAUCCAAGCAGACACCUCCUCCUUCAAGCAAGUUGUCCAGAUGCUCACCGGCGCGAAGCAAACCGCUGCUGCGCCGAAAACCUCGAUCUCGCCGGCGGGGAAGACGACGGGUCCCAAGAAGCCAGCUUUCAAGCUCUAUGAACGAAGGGGUAGCAUGAAGAAUCUAAAAAUGAUCAGUCCGAUGAUCCCGUCCUUCGCCGGAAGAUCUAACCCUAAUUCUCCGGCCGCCGCGGCUUUCUCCCCGAGGAAGAUGACGGAGAUCUUGUCGCCGAGUAUGCUAGAUCUGCCAUCGCUGGCCUUAAGCCCCGUUACUCCGUUGAACUCCGAUCCUUUCGAUCGCGACGUGUUGAAGGCGGAGGAGCGAGCCAUCGCUGAGAAAGGUUUUUACUUUCUUCCUUCACCGAGGACGACGCAGGAGCCUCCAAGAUUGCUUCCUCUGUUUCCUGUUUCGUCCUCAGAAGUUUUGUCUUCUUCGUUUACUUGAUCAAGAUGAGGUUUUUGGCGUUAUGAAAUUGGGGGUAUUGUGUCUUCUUCUUCUUCUUUUCUCUCUCUCUCUCGGGCUGGUGUGUUCGUCGUCUUCUUCCUGAUCAGGAGAAAAGGGUUGAGUUGCCAUUUGAUUGAUCUCUGAUUCAAUUUUAUAAUA